UCCGAAAAAGGCGAAAGUAUGAAAAGGGACAGGAGAACCCUCUUGAUGUGGGCAGAACGUUGGGGGCUGCAUGACGUAUUUCGGGAAAUGAAUCCGCAGGAGGCGGGAUUUACUUGGUUUGGAACAGCACCUCAGACGGCACAUGUCAAGAGGAGGCUGGACUUCUUCCUCGUUUCUGAGUCGCUGGUUGGCAAUGUCCUAUCAGUGGGCACCAAGGCAGCUUUCACUUCGGAUCACAAACCAGUCCUAAUGACAGUCCACUCAGGGGAGUUCAAUGAAAGAGGCCCAGGUUACUUUCGCCUGAAUACAAUGCUAUUGGAAGACAAGGGUAUAUGCGACUGGGUACAGGCCUUCUGGACAGAAUGGGAAGAGGCGAAGGACUCUUUCGACAGUAGAGCGGAUUGGCUGGAUGCUGGUCUCAGGGUUAUUUCAAGCAAGCUUGCAGUAUUUUCUGGAAUUGCUGCCUACUUGAGGAACAAAGAGGAAGAAAUCUGUAGAAGGCGGGUGGAGGAGGCCGAAGAGCGAAUGGCGGAACAUCCGAUAUCGGAAGCGGUGUGGGCAGAGGAGCGAAUUCAACGACAACAUGACUGGGAGACGAUUCAGGUGGAGAAACAGAGGAGAUGGCAACAGGUGCUGAGCGAAAAGAAGAUUAUUGCUGGGGACAGGAUUACCAAAGACACCUUUCAGAGGUUGCUACCUAAGAGGAAGUCGGUCCAGAUGAAGGAGCUCAUGCACCCCCACCUCAUUGGUCUCCCGCCGGCUACAGAGAACGCAAGCAUGUGCACUUACGCGGCGGCCUAUUUCAAGGACAUCUUGACUUCUCGUUCGCAGUAUGAGGAUCCAAAUACAGACCUGUCUAAUCACUCUACCUUAUGGGACGCUUUAGAGGUCGCUUUGCCAGAUUUAGCUAAAGAGGAAUUGGACCGGGUUGUAUCAGUGGAGGAACUUGCUGCCACUCUUGGUACGGUAGCAAAGGGAAAGGCCCCGGGAGAUGACGGACUCCCCAUGGAGUUCUAUAAGCUAGAGGUGUUGCUCCAUGACAUCAGGAAUCACCCUCUGUUGGAAGGUCUGAGACUACGAAGCGGAAAGGAUUGCCGAGUCAAGGCGUUAGCAGACGACUUGCUGGCACUGUCGGCUAACACAGCGUCCUCGUUAGAGGCCCUGAAACUGUGUCUGAAGAGGUACGCAGAGCUGUCGGAGGCGGCCGUAAAUUGGAAUAAAUCGAUAUUCUUUUUGCCACUGGACUUCCAACUGUCUGUCAACUGGGGAAUGCGCAGGGUUCAGUCAGGGGAGGCCGAGCGCUAUCUCGGUAUACAACUAGCAUUAGACAGUAGUACAGAAGCCCAGUCCAUUGGCCUGCAGGAGAAGGUGAAGGGUAGGAUUCGUAGUUGGGGCUCCGCUCCACACUUAUCUCUGAUCGGUAGAGUCUUGGCAGUGACGGUGGCUGCCUUCUCAGUUCUGUGGUAUGUGGCAAAGGUUCGAAAGCUGGAAAAACCGCUGGUACAGGGAGUCAAGGGGGCUGCGAGAAGGUUCAUUUGGAAGCCCAGGGCGGAGGAAGGCCAAGGAUACAUCCCAAAGGUUGCCUGGCACACCCUCUGCGCCCCCAGACAUGAAGGCGGUCUGGGCUUGAUAGAUCCAGAGUUCCAGAAUUUGAAACUCCUUGCGAAUUGUAUAGCCAAGGUGGCAGCAGCAGAGCAAGAGACGGAUUGGUGCCUACUGGCGGAGGAGCUGCUCUGUGAACAAUGGGGUUUAUCCAGGCCAACAGACGUGUGGGUGGCCAUCACGAUUCAAUCCUUCCUAAAUAAACGGAUCAAGUCCAAGUUUUGGAAGGACAUUAUCCUUGCCUGGCGAAGUCGCAAACCAGAUCAGGUGGCACAACCAAGCUCAAAAGAAGAAGUGUUGAGACAACACUUAUUCGAAAACCCGGGUCUGAGGAAUAAGGAAGGAAAGCCAUUCAGUGCCUGUAACAGGCCAGGUUCUUUCGGUCUGAAGUGGAUUCAGAGGGGAAUCUCUACAGUUAGAGAUAUUUGGGAUGAGUUGCUGGGACAAUGGAAACACCCGGCUUCACCAAAGGAGUUGCUGGGCAGGCUGCCUUUGCAAGAGGAGAGGCUCAAGGAAAUCAUCAAUGCUGUUCCUGAUGACUGGGUUCCAUUCUUGGGUCCGGAACACGUUCCAAGUACAGGAACCUGGUACCGCAAGGAGAGCAAUGGUAAUGCUGAAUUUUUGAAGCUAGAGGCUUGGGACUCUUCAAUCCCAGGCAAGUGCACCAUGUCUGUCCACGAAAAAGAAGUGAGUGGCAGUCCCGAGCUCAAAAGAGUGGGAGAGAGAUCUUGCUAUGGGCUAGCCAAUCUUCAGGAAAUAAAAGUGGCAGCGGUGGAGCAGAAAGAAGGGGACCCCCCAGUUUCAGGCAGACUGAUUGCAGGAGGGGAUCCGCUCAGGGUGAUGUGUAUCGAUCAGACUGCCUGGGGAUGGAAACAGAACUCAGAAAUCGUUUGGAGGCGGGAGAACCAGGAUAAAGUUGCUCGGAAGCUUCAAACCAGCUGUUCUGAAGAAGCAGGACAGGAAUUGUCUAGGAAAUGGGAAAAAACAGUUCCUUAUUUGGACCCACCUAGCCAGAAAGAGCUUCAGGGGCUUUGGACACAGUUGUCGAAGAUUCCAUCCCAAAAACUAGCGUCGUUACUUUGGCUUCAAUCGCACCUUGCAGUACCAGUGGCAAGAUGGUUGAAAAUGAGAGGUAUGCCGGUUAAAGAGUCUUGUGAUCGGUGUAACUGGGUUUUUGAAACGGUGCAUCAUCUCUGGUGGGCUUGCCCCAAAUCAAGAAGAUGGUGGGACUGGUGGUUUGCCCACUGGAAAUUCUGGUCAGGCAAGGAUGACUUCGCUGGAGAGCGGUGGGUGUUAUUAGGUGUUAUGCCACAAGGGAUAUCUGGGGAGAAAGGGUGGGGCUAUGCUGCGCAAGUAUGUAGAGCAGUGAUGCUAUGGGUUAUAUGGGCUGACCGGAACGAGUUAAGAUUCAAGGGACAGAGUCUCCCAGAGGCCCAGGGGGAGAGGAUGUUCAAGUCCCUGUUACAGGAGGAGAUUCGAGCGGACUGGAGGAGAAAGGUGAGAGGGGGCAGAAGCAGGAAAGGGAUGGACUGGUUCCAAGCCACUUGGUGUCAGAGGGAGGAGAUAAUUAAGAUCUCUGUAGACGGUAGGUUAGAAUUUUCGGGGUGGUGGGGUAGAGUAGGGGCAUAGAUGAGGGGCAUAGUUAAAGAAUAAGGGUUGGUUUGUGGUUUGAGAGGUUUUUAGGCCAUGUUGGAACGACUU